AUGGGAGUUGCAUCCACGCUCGUCCGUGUGUUUUUGAUGGGCAGCCGCUUUAUGCAGUUUGCCUGUGCUGCAAUUGUCCUUGGAGUCACUGCCUGGUUUAUCCAUGGCUAUGGAGCGAAUGGCCAUCUCAAAUAUGAUAUAAUUAUUACCUCGUUUUCUCAUAUCUGUAAGGAUGCGGACUACACCUUACGGAAAGUAGCCCCAAUGGCUUGUACAAAUGCUGACGACAUACUUGAUAGAUGGUUGACUGCCUUCAUAUUUGCCGUGCAAGACUACAGCAGAAGCGAUUGCACGCAAAAUUCACCGCGUGGUGGAAGCUGCAAGUACAAGAGACUUAUUGAAGCUUUCACCAUAGGAGCAAUGUGGUUCUGUAUCACCUCCCUAGUGCUGGAGGUAAUGAAUGUCAUGAGCCACCACCGUGAUAAGAACUCGUAUGAUGGCGGGCACCAAAAGGAGUUACGUCGAUCGGGAGACACUGGCCGCAACGACACUUAUGGCCGACAUGUCUAA